AUGUCUCCUCAACCAUCUUUGAAAACAGUUAAAGAUCUCCCGACCCUGCCUUGCGGGAAUGUGGAUGAUUCGCCUUCUCCCUCGAACGGAGACUAUACUUUCAAGGCGGACCCCCGGGAAGAUGCCAAUAAACCUCUAGUUUCGGGCGAAUCCGACGCUAUUGAGAAUCGAAUUUGGUUUAAGACCAACGCACUUAAUGCCGCAACUAUCAAAAGUUUCCAGAGAAUCCAGUUAUUUGCAGAAACGCAUGACCAGGGGCGCGUGGAUGAUACCUCCUUGGGAAAUUGGACCUGGCUGGAGUUGGCAAUCUUUGAAGAUGAAUCUUCGGACAAGCCUCGAGUGAAAGACAGCGUUGAGCUCGUCUGGUUGAGUCACAAGAACCGGUUCCUUACCGAUGAGUACGGCUGGUUGGCGGGUCAAAUUUUCGAUCGCAGCCAUAACCUGCUAAGACUACUGGAGCCUGGCAACGUCUUGGCUGUCCGAGCAUGUGCUCGCUUCCAGGGGUGGGAGCUCUACGGCAGAGACGCAUAUCUCAUAUUCGAUGUUGGCGAUGAGAAUGAUCUUGACCCGCCGCCACCGUAUUCCAAUGUCCUUCAGCAAUUGAUGAGCGUGCAGCAAACACUCGAUGAAGUCAAUGAUCUCAAACUCAAGAUUAGCGAUAAGAAGAUCGACAGGCAGAAUGAUGCUUUCAAGCCCCAGAUUCCUCUAGACCUGAAUCGUGCAGAUGCCUAUGCUGGAAGAGAUGAACGUCCACUACGGGUUUUAUCACUUGAUGGCGGCGGUGUUCGUGGCAUUGCGAGCCUUCUGAUACUUCAAGCCGUUCUUGACAAGGUAGCUCCCGGCAAGAAACCUUGCGAGAUCUUUGAUAUGAUCGGUGGUACCAGUACUGGAGGCUUGAUCGCCAUCAUGCUCGGUCGUCUCCAAAUGACAGUCGCCGAGUGCAUUGCUCAGUAUGAUGAUGUGAUGAAAGAAGUCUUCCCUGAGACCGGCGACAUAAAGAAGGCCUUCAACCUUGCAACUCAUGGCGAAUUCUACGACUCUUCCAACCUGGAGAUUAUCAUCAAGAGACUCAUCAAGGACAAGCUUGGCAAUUCCGACGUUGACCUGCUUGACGAGAAAGGGCCUUGCAAAAUCUUCCUAAUGGCUACCAACUCUCAAGCAGCGAACAACCGUGCCCCCGUUUUCUUGCGCUCGUACAAAAAUCCAAAUAACUUGGAGAACAGUGCUUUAGUCAAUAUGAAGCUGUGGCAAGCAGCUCGCGCCACCUCUGCGGCCCCGGCAUAUUUCAAGCCUCUGCAGGUUAAUGGAUAUACCCUGGUCGAUGGCGGAUUGGGUGCAAAUAAUCCAUUGGGAUGGCUUUGGACCGAAGUGCUGGGCGUGUUUGGCCCUACCCGGGCAACCGACUGCUUCCUCAGCAUCGGCACUGGGAUGGCCGCCAACUCCCCAGUAAUCCAGCCAGGAAUCAUCCCCAGUCACGCAGUGGAGGGAAGCUUUGCCUCUGCAGCAACCAACAGCGAGCUCAUCAAUAUCAUGUUCCGGACUUUGCUGGAUGCAUUCGCUCCUGUCGUACGCGAGCACAAAUACUGGCGGAUGAAUGUGUACAAGGAUGUCCUAGCCGAAAACAAGGUUGUCGAAGGGGGCUGGCUGAACUGGAAGAAGGACGUCGUUGCACUCAAUAAUUAUGAAGACCCUGGGGCGCUUGACGAUGUCAAGUCGGCCUUAGGCAAGUUGACUGACUGGACGAAGCAGUAUAUCGUUCAGGAGCAGACAAUGAUCACGGACUGUGCGGCUGCUAUUGGAAGGAAUCUUGGCAAGCAGGUGUGA